AGAUAAGAUGCAGAAAAAAAGAAUUGUUUAAUCUCCAACCUGAACUACUAUAGCAGCAAGCUUCCUAAUUUUAUAAAUAAGUCAUGGGUUCCUCCAUCUUCUUCACACGAACACUUCAAACACUUGACUUUCCUUUUCUUUUUUUGUUUCUUGCAUCCAUCAUCAAGAAAUGGCAGAAUCAAUUCUCUUUGAUAUUGCAGGUGAAAUCAUUUUGCAACUGGGUUCUCGGGCAAUUCAAGAGAUAGGACUCUGGUGGGGAGUUAAUGAUGAGAUUGAGAAACUUAAAGGCACUGUUUCAAGAAUCCAAGCUGUGCUUCUUGAUGCUGAGGAGAAGCAAGCAUGGAACAAUCAGGUUAAAGAUUGGCUUGGGAAGCUAAAAGAAGUGGUCUUUGAAGCAGAUGACUUGCUUGAUGAUUUUUCUACUGAGGCUUUACGUAGACAAGUGAUGGAUGGGAACAGAAUGACAAAGGAGGUACGUGUUUUCUUUUCAAGAUCAAAUCAGUUUGCUUAUGGUCUUAAAAUGGCUCAUAAGAUUAAAGAUUUGAGAGAGAGAUUAGAUGGUAUUUAUGCUGAUAAGGAUAAUCUUAGUUUAGAGGAAGGUCUUGUGGAGAAAGAUGCUAUGAGCACUAGGUUGAGGGAUCAAACUAAUUCCUCUAUACCUGAAGUUGUUGUUGGGAGAGAUGGGGAUAGAGAGGCUAUUAUACCCCUCAUUUUGGGUUCUAGCUAUGAUGAUAAUGUCUCUGUUAUAUCAAUAGUUGGGAUUGGGGGAUUAGGGAAGACAACACUAGCUCAAGUCAUUUUCAAUGAUGAGAGAGUUAGGGGUCAUUUUGAGUUAAAAUUGUGGGUAUGUGUGUCAGACCCUUUUGAUGUUAAGGUGAUUGUUAAAAAAAUUUUAGAGUCUGCAACUGACUCAAAGAUAGAAGAUCUUGAGUUAAAUACAUUGAAAAAUCGCCUUGAUAAAUGUUUAAGGAUGAAAAGGUUCCUACUUGUGUUAGAUGAUGUUUGGAAUGAGGAUAGGGAAAAUUGGGAUAGUCUUAAGAGAUUAUUAGUGAGUGGCGCAAGUGGAAGUAAGAUUAUAGUAACCACACGUUCUCAAAAAGUUGCAGCAAUAGCUAGCACCUUGUCAACACAUGUUUUAGAAGGUCUGUCUCACUCUGAGUCUUGGUCUUUGUUGGUGCAAAUAGUGUUUAGGGAAAAAGAACCGAAAAACAAACGUGUGAUAGAAAUUGGAAAUGAGAUUGUGAAGAAGUGUGUUGGAGUGCCUCUUGCAAUAAGAACUAUAGGAAGCCUUUUGUCCUUUAAAAACCCAGAAACUGAGUGGUUGCCAUUUAUGGAAAAUGAACUUUCAAAAGUGACUCAAACUCAGAACGAUAUUUUACCAACACUUAGGUUGAGUUAUGAUUAUCUUCCAUCUCAUUUGAAGCAUUGUUUUGCUUAUUGUAGACUAUUUCCAAAAGAUUAUGAGAUUGAUGUAAAAACAUUAAUCCAUUUGUGGAUUGGGCAAGGGUUUGUUAAGUCAUCAAAUUCUAGUCAGUGUCCUGAAGAAAUAGCAUUGGAGUAUUUUAUGGAAUUAGCAUGGAGGUCCUUUUUUCAAGAAUUGAGAGGAGAUGCAUUAGGCAAUGUGAAGAGCUGCAAAAUGCAUGAUUUGAUGAAUGACCUUGCAAAUUUAGUGGCUGGGACAGAGAGCAACAUAAUAAGUUCAAAAGUAAACAACAUUGACGAAAAAACUCGAUAUGUAUCAUAUGAGUUUGAUUUAGAUUCAUCAUGGCAAGUUCCAACCUACUUGCUUAAUGCAAAAGGGUUGCGGACAUUUCUUUUGCCAAGUCAAGUAUCAAGUUCAAAUGAUAGUGGAAGAUGGGAAAAGUCAAUUAAUAAGGCUAUUUUUUCAAACUUUAGGCGUCUGCGUGUGUUUGAGCUACAUAAUUUGGGGAUUGAGAACUUAUCUCCUUCCAUUAAAAAGUCAAAACACUUGAGGUAUCUUGAUGUUUCAAAAAAUAGUGGAAUCAAGACACUCCCAAAUUCAAUCACCAGGCUUCCAAAUUUGCAAGUGCUCAAGCUCUCUGGUUGCAAAGAGCUUAAGGAACUGCCAAAAGAAAUUAGAAAGCUGAUUAAUCUUAGGCAUCUUGAUAUUGAGGGAUGUUGGAGUUUAAACCAUAUGCCAAGUGGGAUAGGAAAAUUAACUUCCCUUCAAACAUUAACCUGGUUUGUAGUGGCCAAAGAUUGUUCUGCGUCUAAGCAUAUUGGCAGUUUGAAAGAACUGAGUAGGCUAAACAGCUUAAGGGGGGGAAUUGAAAUUAGAAACUUGGGAUAUAUGAAAACUGUUCCACCAGAAGUCGAAGCUGAGAUUUUGAAAGAAAAACAACAUCUUCAAUCAUUGAUUUUGAGUUGGAAUGAAGAUGUUAAUGACAAUACUGUUUAUUCUAGUUAUGAGGAGAACAUUGAGAGGUCAUCACAAAGUCUCUAUGACAACAAUAGAGAUGCUGGUUCUGAUGAAAGGUUAUUGCAAAGCCUCCAGCCACACUCAAAUCUUCAGGAAUUAAAGGUGUAUGAGUAUGGAGGUGUGAGGUUUUCUGGUUGGCUUUCUUCCCUCAAAAAUCUUGUCCAGCUAUGGAUAGUUAAUUGUAAGAAGUGUCAGUCUCUUCCAUCUCUAGAUCAAAUCCCUUCUCUUAGGGAAUUAUGGAUUAGUGAAUUGUAUGAUCUAGAAUACAUAGAUAGUGAAGAGAAUAAUGACCUCAGUGAAGGAGGAGAAUCCAUGUACUUUUCGUCCUUAAAGAAACUGUGGAUUUGGAAAUGUCCAAACUUGAAAGGGUUCAGGAAGAGAAGGAGCGAUAGUGAUGGUGCAGCAACUAGCACAACAAUAGAGUCUGGUCUUUCUUUGUUGGAAAUCCGUAAUUGCGCCAGUUUGACUUGGAUGCCACUUAUUUCAUCUGUCAGCGGGAAGUUGAAUUUCGAAAAUGCCAACUUAGACUCAUUGCAGCAGACAAUGAAGAUGAAGGUGAGGCCAACUCAACUUGGAGGGGAGAGGUUUACAAGUCAGCUUUCAUCUACCACGAAAUUGGUGACUAUCUGGUUAAAAGAUUGCAAAGGGUGCCAGCAUCUUCCACCACUAGAUCAAAUCCAUUCUCUUAGAGAAUUGUAUUUUGAUAAUUUAACUGAUUUAGAGUACAUAGACAUGGUGGGGAAUAAUGGUCUCACUGGAGGGGGUCCAUUCUUUCAAUCCCUGAAGAAACUCUGGUUUUGGAAUUGUAAUAAGCUGAAGGGAUGGCGAAGGAAGGUGGAUGAUGAUGCAACAACCACAACAGUGGAGCAGCUGCCUUGGUUUCCUUGUCUAUCUCUUUUGGAAAUAAAAGAAUGCCCAAACCUGACUUGGAUGCCAUUGUUUCCAACUCUUGAUGAAAGGUUGUACUACGUCAACGCUGGUAGUCAACCAUUGCAGCAAACUAUGAAGAUGAAGGUGAUGUCAACUCAACGUGAAGAUUUGAACUUUUUAAAAAACACUUAUCCCCUUGAAAAUAUUCAAGAAAUAUGGAUUUCUGAAAUAAGUGAUUUGGAGUACAUAGAUAAUGAUGUGGAAAGUUGCAUCAAUAGACAAGGAGGAGGGUCGACAAUUUUCCCAUCCUUAAAGAAACUCUGGAUUCAUAAUUGCCCUAUUCUCAAAGGCUGGUGGAAGAAAAGAGAUGAGAAUGAUUAUAAGAGAGCUGUGCAAACAUUGGAGCUGCCCCAUUUUCCUUGUCUUUCUAUAUUGGAAAUAAAGGAGUGCCCUCACUUAAAUUGCAUGCCACUGUUUCCAUUUCUUGAUCAAAGGCUAUACUAUGUGAAUGUUGGAAAAGAGCCACUAAAGCAGACAACGGAGAUGAAGAUGAAGUUAGAUCAGUAUGGAGAUAUGAGAUUCGCAAGUACAGGUUAUGCACUCAGCAAGCUUAAGGAAUUAUGGAUUUCUAAUGUAGCUGAUUUACAGUAUAUAGACAAUGGCAAGGAUAAUUUCUUGAGCAAAGGUGGAUCAACUGUCUUCCCGUUCCUAAAGAAACUUUGGAUCGACAACUGUCCUAACCUGAAGGGAUGGUGGAAGACGAGAGAUGGUGAUACAACAGCCUUUAUCGCAGAGCUGCCCCAAUUUGCUUGUCUUUCUCUGUUGGAGAUAAAGCAUUGUCCUCACCUUUCUUGGAUGCCCUUGUUUCCAUCUGUUGAUGAAAGGUUGUAUUAUGUAAAAUCUGGCAUAGAACCACUACUUCAAACAAUAAAGAUCAAGACAGUGUUUCAGCAUGAAGGGCCACAGCCGCAGCUAUUCACAAACCUUAAAGAACUGUGGCUUUCUGAAUUACAAGAUUUGGAGUACAUAGAUUAUGAGGUGGAUGGUUAUCUUAAUAAAGGGCAAAGAGGAUCAAGAGUCUGCCCAUUCUUGAAGAAACUUUGGAUUGGUUAUUGUCCUAACUUGAAGGGAUGGUGGAGGAAGAGGGACGGUGAUACUACAACCUUAGCAGAGCUGCCGCAAUUUCCUUGUCUUUCUGUGUUGGAAAUUAAGCACUGCCCUAUUUUCUCUUGCAUGCCAUUGUUUCCAUGUCUUGAUGAAAGGUUGUAUUAUGUGAAAUCUGGGGUAGAACCACUAGUGCAGACGCUAAAGAUUAAGACGUCGUCGAAUCAGCUUGAAGGAGUGCAGUUAUUCACAAAACUUAAAGAACUGUGGCUUUCUGAAUUAGAAGAUCUGGAGUAUAUAGAUAGUGAUGGGAAUAAUUGCUUAAGUGGAGGGCAAAGAGGAUCAACAGUUUGCCCGUCUUUGAAGAAACUUUGGAUCAAUUAUUGUCCUAACUUGAAGGGAUGGUGGAACGUGGAUGCUGAUACUACAACCACAACAACAACAAAGCUGCCUCAGUUCCCUUGUCUUUCCCUGUUGGAAAUUAAGCAUUGUCCUAAGCUCUCUUGCAUGCCAUUGUUUCCAUCUCUUGAUGGGAGGUUGUAUUAUGUGAAAUCUGGAAUAGAACCACUACUACAAACAAUGAAGAGCAAGACAAUAUCGAUUCAGCUCGAAGGAGCACAAGCAUUCACAAACCUUGAAGAAAUGUGGCUUUCUGAAUUAGAAGAUCUGGAGUACAUUGAUAGUGAGGGUUACGGUAGCGCGAGUGGAGGGCAAAGAGGAUUUACAGUUUGUCCAUCCUUGAAGAAACUUUGGAUCGAUUAUUGUCCUAACUUGAAGGGAUGGUGGAAGAUGAGGGAUAAUGGCGGAACAACCUCAACAGCAACAGAGCUGCCUCACUUCCCUUCUCUUUCUCUAUUGGAAAUAAAGCAUUGUCCUACAUUAGCUUGGAUGCCAUUGUUUCCAUAUCUUGAUGAUAAGCUACUAUUGGAGGAUGCCAAUACAGAGCCAUUACAACAGACAAUGGAGAUGACAGCUUGGAGAUCUUCUUCUUCACUUGUUCAGCCUCUUUCCAAAUUGAAGAUAUUGCAAAUUGGGGCAAUUGAAGAUCUUGAAUCUCUACCUAAGCAGUGGUUGCAAAAUCUCACUUCUCUUCAAGAACUAUAUAUUAAGGGAUGCUCAAGAUUAACUUCUCUUCCUCAAGAGAUGCUCCAUCUUACCUCUUUACAGAAGUUAAGUAUUAGUGGCUGCCCACUAUUAAGUGAAAGAUGUAGAAAUAAUGGAGUGGAUUGGCCUAACAUUGCACACAUCCCAAAUAUCGAAACGGAUUGGUAAAUAGUGCAGAGAGGCCAACUAGUGAAAUAGUAUGAAGACAAGAAAAGAUGUUUCAAAUGGAAUUACAGUUCGUGCAACCAUGAAGAUUUGGACAUAGCAAUGAUGCAAAAGACAUGCUCAAGGGAUUUGGGUAGGCCUUAGAAUGAGGAAUGCAACAUAUCACUUCCCCUGAGAAGCUAUUGAUUGUCUGGUGGAGGAAAGUCUGUGACUUAGAAUGUUAGAAUGAUGCUUAUUAGUUAUUGCAAAUAAGCUUGGAAAACUGAUUGGGGUCUGAUCAUCUGAUCAAGUGACAAUUGGCCAAAGAUUGCUUACACCUGGAGUAUCUUUAAAUCUUCCUUCAGAUUCCUGGAGUUUUACAAGAUGCUCUAACAGCUGUUGGCUUUGGAAAGUGAUAUGGUAGAGAAUGAAUGCUGACAACAAUUCCUCUGGUGUUAGCUUUCUAAAAUAAGUCUUCUGAUUGGCUUUUUAUUCAUACUGCUAUUUACUGUCAGACUGGGUGGUUAAAUAAUUUGCCUUGCUCAUUUCAGAGCAAUAUAGAGCUAUACCUAAUUGCUCGAAAGAAACGGAUUUUCUCACCUUGAAGUUGAUAAUUAAAGUGAAGUCCCUCCUUGCUGAAAAACAGCCCCUCAGGAAUGGGUGGCCAUGGGUUUGAGAUUUCUCACAUCUCAAACAAGUGCACAUCUUCCUAAUCUUUGCAUAGAUUACACUCGAUGGAUUCUUUUGACAAGUUUAUAGUUCCAAGAAAAGGGCCAAGUUGGAAGAUGGUUUUCUGCAAGAAAGAGAAUUUUAAUCGGGCAUCAGAAUCUACCUCCUAGCAAUCCAUAAUGCCUCCACAGAGUAGAGUUAGCUGGAUUCCUGAGAAAAGAAUCUUUAAGGGUGAAGCUGAAUUUUGAAUUUGUGAGAAAAAUGCACAUGCUUUAACGGUUGUGGAAGAGUUAACUUCAGAUUCCUGAAACCAUGUAAAGGGUGAGAAAUGGCCGGAUUUGCGAGAGGGUGUACAUGGGACUUGGGAUUUAAUCUUAAAAAUUAUUCUUAUGUUCUGAUUCCCUCAUGGUCCUAGUUAUUCCAACCAUGUAAAGGGUGAAGAAAGGACUUAUUCUGUAUUUAAUCUUAAAAGUUAUUCUUGUAUUCUUAUCCCCUCAAAAAGUGAAAAGAAAAACACUUAAAUCUGUAUUCUUAUCUCCUCAUAGAGUGAAUAAAAGAAUCCACCUCUUGUUUCCUUGUCUAA